GAGUGUGAGUAGCACAGGUGUAAGGUGAGGUAAUGUUUUAAAAGUUAGAAUUUUUUUAAUUUUUUUUUUAAACCUCAGUUAAUUUCUGAAAUAUGAAAACCACUAUUUGUGCUUCAGCAUAUGGGUUACACGGCAGAACGACUUGCACGCAUGUAGAUGCGGAUGUGAAUCUGGAAUUUUCCACUUUCCUGCACUUUUCACCGUGCUAAAUGGCAGAAUAAACAGACAUUAAUGUGGGUUUUCUAAAGGACCACCCAAACGAGCCGGUAAAACCAGAGGCGAGUGCGAUGACUCGGGUCGGAUUGACCGUGAUCUGAGACCGCGGCAAUGUAAACCCGUGUUAUAAAGUCUACUGGCACGAGAUUGUAGCCGCUGCGUCAGGGUAUAGCGUAUUAAUUAAUCAUUUUAAAACACAAACAGGCCUAAACAAAUUUUUAUUUAGUCGCAUGUGUCCUAUGUGUUCGAAAUGAAAGUGUAAAGCUCUAGUGUUAGUGAUGGAUGGAUGAAGCAAUGGUCGUCAUAUUCACAAAACGGGACAAUGAUACCUUAAGGCUAGCCAAGUGUCAGUAAUUCUUUCAGUAUUCAAUAUAAGCUAGUGCUUACAAACAUGACGUGUCUAUAACUGGCUGGCUCACGUUUCCUUUUGUGCCCGUAUUGUUUCUGCAAGUACCCUUUCCACGUCUUCCGUGUGCGUGCCGCAUAUAAAGCGCUAGUUUUUCCACUAGUUUUUUUUUCUAAUAGAGAACCAAAGCCGACAGUGAACUGCCAUACCGCUGUCAACUGCUCGCACUGCAUUGACGCGAUGCACGGUGACGUACAAUUAUGGCGACAACAGACCGCCACGUCACCUUUAAGAGACUUACAUGUGUUUUCUGUUGUUGUGGAGGAGAAACAAAACAGACGCAUAUCGUUCUGUACCAGUAGACUGCUACUUUAAAAAAUUAGUUUAACGCAGAAAUAUUUUGCGAAUAUGUUGACGGCAGAAGGAGUAUCUGCCUUUUCACGGCAGGUGUGGGAUAAAGUGCUGUCAAAGGUAAAGAAAGCGGUCGUUUUUAUGGAUGACAGGUGCACAGAGUGUUUGCACUGGAACGGUGCAGUGGCCAGCCUGCUCGAAGCAGGAGCUCGCAAUUUAAAGCAGUUCUCCAGCUUCGAAUCCGGUGGCGAAAAUGAGCCGAAAGCGGUGUUUGUGGUCAGCACCCUGCUGAAGGGACGGACCGCGGACGUCAUCCGAGACAUAAUCCGGCUCAGCCGCUUUCAGUACUGCGUGGUCUUCACCGCUGUCCCUCACUCCGUCCACCUCCUAGCUAAUGAUGUCAGCGCCGAUUUGGAGGGGAACCCGGUUUUCGAGCGAUUCGAGGAGAAGCUCUGCGAGUGGAUGGGGAACAUGAACUUCACUGCGGAGGUAAUGCACGCACCCGUGGUGCUCGCGCCCGUGGCGCCGCAGCUUGUCCUCCUGCCCGCCUUUGGGGACCUGUUCCCGCUGCUCACCGAUGACCUCGAGACCAUCAACAGGAAACGGCCGGAGAAGAAAAGACUGGGCAGUCUGGUGGACCUGGACAUGCACUGUCUCCCCCAGGAGCUGCAGAUCCAGAUCAAGACGCUGGCAUCUGGGCUCAACGCCAUGUUCGAGUUCGCCAACGUCAGGGAGGAGAGCUUUGCGCUGGGACCACUGAGCCGCAUCAUCGCUGGGGAGCUGGCCAAUCACGCUCAGUCUAAAGCCAGGAGGAAGAACGCCCCCAACAAGGCCUCUGUGGUUUUCAUCGACAGAACGCUGGAUCUCACAGGUGAUGGCCCAGUGACGGUGUGUAGUACAGGUGCUGUGGGUCACCAUGGCGACAGUCUGGUGGAGAAGAUCCUGUCGGUGCUGCCGCCGUUACCUGGGCACAGGUGUGAUGUGCAGGUGGACAUGCUGGAGCUGACAGACCUGCCCCACACACCUGAGACACAGGGCACCCUGGCGCCCGGAUGCCUGGCACAACCCCAGGACAGGGCAGCGUGCGCCCUGUGGGAGGCCAUGCUGAGCGGGAGGCAGAAGGAGGCCGUGAUGGAGGUGCGCAGACACCUGGUGGAGGCCGCCAGCAAGGAGAACCUGCCAAUCAAAAUGAGCAUGGGUCGUGUGACAGCGGAUCAGCUCUUGGCGCAUGUGCGGUUGUUCAGGGGCCACUGGGAGGCGCUGGAGAGUCACUGCGGAGUGCUGCAGCUGUCUCUGGCCACCGCCCAAACACUGCGCCACCCCCACCUGCCCCUCUGGGACACCUGCCUGGCUUCCGAGAGACUGCUGCUGCAGACUUUUGGAGACUCUGACCUCCCGGCGGUUCUGAAGCAGAUCCAGUCUCUGGUGAAGGGCGGGGCAGAGGGUGGGGCCAGGUGGGGUCUGGACGAGCUGCUGGUGCUGCUGGUGUACGUGUACUCUGUGGCUCGAGAGGCGGGGCCUGAGGAGGAGGGGGCGCGGCCUGAGGAGGAGCGGGCGGAGCUGGAGAUGAUGGGAGCCCUCACCCUGCUGUUGACACAGCAAACACAGCUCAGCCCCCUGGUGCAGCGCCUGACCGGGCGAGCUCAGGCGUGUUUGUGCUCUGAGAGCCUGCCUGUGGACCCGUGUUUCUGGGUCUGCCGAGAGGAAGGGUGUGGCUCGCUCUCUCCGUCGCGCGCGGUCCAAAGACAACCCAAAACACCAGCACUGCUGAGCUGUGGAAACCAACGCUCGCUGCCAUGGGUACGCCCUGUUCCAGCUGGCUACAGCACGGGACCCUGAACUCUGCCCUUCGCUGCUAUUGGUUACAGCACUGACACCGCUCUUUUAUUAUUGGCCACAGCACUGACACCGCCAUUUUUCUAUUGGCUGUAUCAAGGCAACACUGAAACCACUCCCUGCUGGCCUAUCAGUGAGACCAGUGGGCUGAUGGUAGCUAUGUGCUGUGGGACUGGGCCACUGCUUGAACUCUGCCAUCAUUACCCAUCAGCCCCUACUCAGGGCCCAAUUACCCAUCAGCCCCUGCUCUGGGCCUCUCUGCCCAAGACGGGCUGCCUAUGAUGUCUUCUGGCUGCUGUUGGCAGAUUUCCCAGCUUCACUGUAAAAACUGCUGUGGUCCCAAAUGUGUGUUUAGCUCUGUGUGCUGUUGAGACUGCAGCUCUGCGUUAGCAUAUUAGCGUUAGCACAUUAGCGGUUGUGCCGGGCCACGCUGUGCUCUGUGUACUGUUGACGGACUGCAGCUCUGCGUUAGCAUAUUAGCGUUAGCACAUUAGCGGUUGCGCCGAGCCAUGCUGUGCUCUGUGUACUGUUGACGGACUGCAGCUCUGCGUUAGCAUAUUAGCGUUAGGGCCGGGCCACGCUGUGCUCUGUGUGCUGUUGACAGACUGCACCUCUGCGUUAGCAUAUUAGCGUUAGCACGUUAGCCUUAGCGCCGGGCCAUGCUGUGCUCUGUGUGCUGCUGACGGACCUGGUUUGGGGCAGGCCGAGGCUGGAGCAGGCCCUGUUGUCCUGGUUUGGGGCAGGGCGGGGUCCAUUUUCAGGGGGACAGAAAAGCAGAUCCAUGGUUUUGGGUUUGAUUGAGCCGGCUUGCUCCAGUGCUGCAUCUGGUUUCCAUUUGAAUCUGUAAUUGGAGCAAAUGUCACUAUCAAUGUUUUCUUAGGGUGCUGACACAGCCCCCCCACCCCCCACCCCCUGCAUCAUAUUACUGAGCAGCCAGUUCCCCCCACCCCCCACAAAACUGCAACAAUAAAACCGCACUGUUUCUCCCCUGCGACCAACUGCCAUCAAUCACUGGCUGAAAAACACACACACGCACACUCACACACACACACACGCACAUGUAUACUCACACACACACGCUCACUCUCGCACAUACAUACACACACACAUACACACUGUGGAAUGUGCAGGUCUAAUUGAGAGAGGCAGUCUGCAGUCAUGUGAUCCAA